GAAUCCAAAUUGACAUUUGACACUGACAGCUUUCUAAAAAAAAGCUUUAAAUUCUUUUACGUGCGUAUUUCUGUAAUUAAUAAUUAUUAAUAACGCGAUAAAUUGUGAAUCACAAUGGAAAACAAACCUGAAGAACCAAUUACACCUGACCAUAUAAUAUUCAAUGCGAUAGCUCAGGGCGAUCUGGUGGAGUUCAAGAGUAUCCUCGCGCAGCAUAAAGGCAACGUCGAUUUCUUCGACGAAAAUGGUAUGACGGCACUUCAGCACGCUGCUUAUAAGGGUAGCAAGGAAAUGGUGCAACUGUUGCUCGACAGAGGUGCAGACGUGAUAUCUGGCAAACAUGAGUAUAAUUACACAGCCUUACACUUUGGCGCGUUAUCUGGUAACUCUGAAGUGUGCAAACUGCUGUUGGACGCUGGAGCGAAGCCGAUGACGACGAACUCCGUUGGGCGAACCGCCUCGCAAAUGGCUGCGUUCGUCGGUAACCACCACACUGUCGCAACCAUCAACAACUAUGUGCCGUUGAGUGAAAUUUCCUUCUAUUCUGUUCCGCAGGGACAACAAACUGAACCUUACCUGCCCCCAUUCUUAGUGGAACCGUUACACAAAUUCGUACUCUGUGUAAAUAUCCAUCCAGUUAGAUUAGCUCUUAACUUACAACACACACCAGCUUUAUUGGACAAUGCAGACAAGGUUAGCAAUGUUCUUGAGAUGCUUUGCAAGAGAGAAAUGACUCGAGGGAGUGAUACAAACGAAGUGAUGGCUUUUAAAUAUCACUACCUAGCUUAUGUCAUAAGAGAAAUAAACAAUAUAAGAGACAAACAGAAGCCAAAUGCAGACAAAGAGGAUAAGAAGCAUGAUAUUGUAGAGAUGUUUGCUAAGAAACUUCUAAAACCUGGAAAGGAUGGUGUGUCUUUAGAUCUAAUGGAUUCAUUCCUCAAGGAUUGUGUGCGGGAGUUUCCGUAUAGAGAAUGUACAACUUUCCACCAGAUGGUUACUUCUUUAACGAGUAAGGACCCUCCUCCUGCUUUGUCAAUCAUAAACUGCACUAUUAACGGUCAGAGAGGGUUUGUGGAUGCAAUCCCAUACUGCAGCACAUGCGGGGAAGAGAAACCAGCUAAAAAGUGUUCUAAAUGCAAGUCUGUCCAGUAUUGCGACAGAGAAUGCCAGCGCCUGCACUGGUUUGUCCAUAAAAAGGCCUGCAACAGAGAAUCCAGCGUUCCCAAUAACACAUCUAACUCUAAACCAAUUGUAGAUGCUGCAGAAUUGACGUCUGAACUACAGAAUCUUGUCGCUGGAUAGUGAAUUUGUAGUUUGAUUUCAAAUAUUUAUAAGGCACAAUUAUUUUUGCUGAUAAUAACAUAACUUCUAUUUAGUUGGUGCAUAUACUAAACUUGCUAUGUGCAUAUUAUUGUAGGAAAUUUUUCAAUCACAAUACAUACAAUUUCUGUGUUGUAGUAUACUUUUUUAGCUUAUUAAUAUAUUAAGAGAUGUAGGCAAUUUUUGUGGACAAUGCAUUAUUGCAUUGCUUAUAUGUCGCUUUGCCAACAGUCAUGGCACAAAGUAAUGUUCAAAAUUAAUAAUUAAAUGCAAUUUUUAACUAAAUUUAAGAAAAUACUUUAUAAAAUUUAUUCAAUCAACACUAUUUUAGACUAUUAGAAAUCUUUAUUCUAAAGUUAUAUAUUUAUAUAACUUCCUGUUGGUCUAGUAAUAGUCUGUUUAAAGGCAUACUUUACUGUUUAAAAGUAAUUAUAUAGUAAGACUACUUGAAAUAAAUGAUUAAAUAGUAUUUUCUUUUAUUAUUACUAUACUGACUGUAAUUAUUUUAACUAUAUGACCAAAAGACAGACAGAAUUUGACAUUCAAGUUGAAUUUAAUGUUAUUUUUAUUAUUUUAUGAAAGACAUCACAUGAAUAUAUAAAAUGUGUUAAAAGAGAUAAUAGUUUUAAAAACAUUUAUUCAUAAAGCAGGUUUAAUACUUGUACCAAGGCUUUGUAUUCCACAUGCAUUUAGGACUAAUUUCUUGUGAAUUUAAAUGUGUUUAUAAAUUAAUAGGAAUAGUAAUUAAUGUCUCAUAGAACAGUAGUAUCUGCUUAUAAUGACACGAAGAAAUACUGGUGCUUUGAAUAUCUGCAACCAUGCACCUCCAUGUGUAGUGAUAAUAAUCAAAUAGUUUAGUAUAAUAUAGGUAAUGUAGGUAUGGGAAUAACUGAUCUUGAUCACGUGACCUGUCGAUAGCAAAUGUCAUUCCCAUACAUUUUUCUAAUUUUCGAAGCGUUUGCGGUUGUAGAAAGAGAAUCACGUGCCACUUGUCUACAGGGGCUGUUACUUUAUCUAUAGUAGAUAUAGAACAUAUUCUUAGAUUUUCUUUGAAUUUUUGUGAGAUUGUGACCUGUAUUUACAGACUUCAAAAUAAAUGUACUAAAUAAUACCAAAAUAUAGCAUUUUUGAUUGCUAAAACCUACUGGACCAGAUAGUUACUAGAAAUAGUAAAAUUAUAUUUUGUAGUUUAAUUGCAAUCUCCUAAGAACCUUGACAAAAUAUCCAGCCAGUGUUGUCAUAUAACUCAUCAUGUAUGUAUCAUUUAUAACUUAGGCAUUAGUUGCUAGGUGCAUUACAAAAUCAUUAAAUUUGAAUAUCUCACUGAUUAAUUUUGCUUACUUUAGCACUCACAUAAGGGUAGGUAAAUAAUUCAUAAAUUAUGAAACAAAUUCAACCUGAAUCCCUACCAUACUUAUGUGGUUAAUCUAUUAACUUUCAGCGUUUAUAAAUUGGCGAAGGUCCAUCAUAUGGCUCUCGGACUAAAAUGGCUUGUCAUUAUAGGCAAACACCAAUGUUAAUUACCGUAUUGUUCUGUGCCAGUGCUUUAAAUGUGAAUUGGUUGUAUAAUAUUAUUGAUAUGUGGUUCAAGAGCUGGUGGUGAUUUUUAAUGAAGCGCUUUUAAAGUUGUAUUUUAAAUUAAACUUUUGUAAACAACAUGUGAUUAUUAUGAAUGAAGUGAAGACGACGGCUUCCUUCUUCUGUAGUAGAUAAUAUAGCUUAGUGGUAGGCUGGACGCCUACCUAUAUAUUAUAACCACAGAAGGCUCUCUCCGGUUGGCAGAUCAAUAUUUCUCAUUUUAAUAUAUAAAUGCGAAAGGUCAUUCAUCACGGUAUCUCGAAAACCGCUUGACAUACAAAAUUGAAAUUUGGCAGGGAGGUAGAUUAUACCUAGGUAGUAGACGUCUACUAAAAACGGAUUUUGUGAGAGGGCCGGAUUAAGGAGGUUUAUGAGAAGGACGAAGUAGUAAUAUUUGGAAUUUUCAAAAACGGUUCGGCAGAUAGAGAUUGCUCUCUACAAUACCACAAAUAUUACUCCUCUAUAUUAUUAGUAGGUAUUAUUUAUUUACUGCAAUAACAUCACUAAUCCCACCAGCUCUUCGCUUAUAGGUUAUAAUGUUGAAAUUAAAAAUAAUUAAAUGCUACCUCCAGAGCUGCAGUUUAUUCUCUAUUAAAUAAGAAUAGUAGGCAUGUAAAUCCAGUUUAUUCUUGUUGUUGUAAGUGUUUACUAAAUUAGAGUAAUUCUUGUGUCACUGUAUACAUUAGUAUCACUUUGAUUUAAAAAUGUAAUAGUAAAAAAAUAUUACACAAAA